AUGAUUUCUGCCCCAGCUUUGUACGCUGCUUUGCCAAUAUCCGUAUUGGUUGCAAUAGGCUUUAUACGUAAGUGGAGAUCGCGAAAUUGGGGAAAAUGUGUAAGUAAUACAUGUUUGCGAGGCAAAACUUUCCUAAUUACCGGUGCCAACAGUGGUAUAGGGCUUGAAACUGCUAAAGCCCUGGUAAGGCGUAAAGCUAGAGUGAUUUUUGCUUGUCGGGAUAUUACAAAAGCAAAAGAAGCAAUAAACGCUAUCAGAAAAGAACAACCUUCGGGAGGAGAACUGAUACCAAUGCAAUUGGAUCUUGCUUCAUUUGAAUCAAUUGAGAACUUUGUUGAAGUAAUCAAAGCAGGUUUCCACAAGAUUGAUGUUCUAAUUAAUAAUGCUGGGGUUGUAGUACCAUUAAGUCAAGAUGAAAAAACAAAAGAAGGUUUUGAAAUACAUUUUGGAGUUAAUCACUUGGGGCAUUUCUAUUUAACCAAUUUAUUGUUAGACCAUUUGAAAAGGGCUUCACCAAGUAGAAUUGUUGUUGUUUCUUCAACACUUCAUGAAAGGGCGAAACUCGACUUUAAUGAUUUGAACUUAAGAGCUGAAAUUGAAAAAGCAAAACAAGGCAGAGUUAGUCAGCGUCACAAUCUGGGUUACUGCAACUCAAAACUUAUGAAUGCAUACUUUGUAAGGGCACUGGCUGACAGAUUGCGAGACAGCGGAAUAGAUGUUCAUGCAUGCUGUCCAGGCUUUUGUUACACCAACCUAUUUAGGAACUCUGUAAGAUGGUACCAUUAUAUCUUAAUGUUUCCAGUGGUAUUAUUGUUCAUGAGGUCUGCUAAACAAGGUUCUGAAACGGUAGUUUACUGUGCAUCCGACUACAGCAUCGAGGGUCGUUCUGGCAAGUUUUAUCGGGACUGUGCCGAGUACAAUUCCAAAUAUCCGUUUAAUAAAGAAGAAGAAAUUAAACUGUGGAACAUCAGCGAGGAGCUUAUAAAAGCUAGGAAACCACUUUGA